AAAAAGAUGCAUAUAACCGAGUUGUUUGUCAGCUGUUUUCGCAGAAAUCUAAUUUGGUUUUUUUGACAGGUUCGUCGGGGGUGCUCUGAAGCAAAUUUUUCAAAAGGGAUUUUCUCGAUUUUCAUGAAGAAAAUUAGCUAAAAAUUGCUUAAAAACAGCUUCUGCUAGUUUCAGUUUAUCAAAUUUCUAUCCCUGUUCAAAAAUGAAGCCUAAAUUGCACUAAUUAAAGACCAGAAUCACAAAUCAACUAUGCAACUAUUGAACCCUACCAAGUCGAUAUUCACAUAAGUCACCACGGAUAUAAUAGCCCGAAAUCUAUUUUUUUUCUUUUUCGUUGCAACCAUGUCCUAUCAUCAUCACGAACAUGUAUUCGACAAACUCGAGUCAAAUAACAAGGAAAUUGUGGAAAAAUUCAAGCACAGCAUCCACGAACAAUACUCAAGAGUGCAAGAGCCAUGGUUGAUAAAUGGUUUAUACGAUUAUUAUUUGAACACCAACUCAGUAAGAUGCAUGGAAGUUUUGAUUAAUUUGAGGGAACCACAUCAGAAUUUUUUAUUUGAUAGAUUAUGUGACUCAAUAAGGAAUUCAAAAAAUGAAGUCAAAGUGCGUAUUCAGGCUUUUACUUUACUGGGUCAUAUUGCUAAGAGUCAACCUGUAUGGCUAUACAAACUGCCCAGUCAUCCUUUAUUUAGGGAGAUUUUGAGGUUUUUAAUAAAUGAAAGUGAGCUUCUACCUUUAGUCAGCGCUCUAUUAGUACUAAUAGUUCUUCUACCCAUGUUUCCUUCAGCUAUUGGUGAAAAUUACUUGGAAGGUGUUUUUGAUAUUUUUAGGCGUUUAGCUGCAUGGAAUUCUAACGUACCAAGCAAAUCAGUCGAAGACCAAAUGAUUCAUCUCCAAGUGGCCCUUUACGCAUUAUUUCUACGUCUAUACGGCAUGUACCCAUGCAAUUUUUUAUCUUACCUACAAAAUCAUUUCAAAGACAGGAGCAAUCCUGUAUUCUGUCACACCAUCAAACCGAUGAUGGAUACUGUUAAAAUGCACCCCUCUUUAGUAACUACAUCUAAAGAUCUCGAAACUACAACUGAAAGAUGGAAAAAAAUGAAAGUUCAUGACGUUAUAGUCGAGUGUGAAAGGUUCAGCUUGGACAUAACCGACCGGUGUCCGCACGAAACUUGCCAGAAUACCACAGAGUUUCGUUCACGUUCUGGUACAAUGAAUUCGACAAUGGGAAGUGCAACAACCAACAAUUCUGAGUUUAUUUAUCCGCAGCAGCACGUCAAGAGUCUGGCUACUUCACAAAUGUCAGGAGCGGAAGCGUUUUUUUCGCCUAGUCAGCUUUUUCACAUCCAAACGCCACCUAUAAGUGAAUCUACUGGGGUUUCGCAUCGACCUGUUCAGGGAAUAAACAGAUCCAACUACACGAUGAGCCAGGAAGGAUCGCCACCGGAAGCAGCCAUAGAAGCCACCCCAGAAACAACCCCAAUAAGGGACUUCAACGCGCCGCCAGCGGUAGCAGCGUCGGCGAAAAACAGCGUCGCUCGCGCUCUGACGUCGUUUCGCAAUAAUUCAAGUAGUACCAUCGUGAGCGGUACUCCUGCGAAUAGCGUGCCCUCUUCGCCGAUGCGAAAGGAACCGUCGCCGUUCGUUUUUCCUUCGGCCGCACCGAAUAGCGCCACGCUGAGUCAGAAUUUAGUUUAUCGCAUGAAGCAGGAACUGCAACGGCACCACCAACAGCAGGCGUUGGACAGUCAACAAACUAGCUCCAAACCAGUACCAUCUAGUCCUUUGAAAAUUAUAAACCCAGAUAAUAGACACAGAGUCGAUUCUCCUGUGAGUCAAGAAGACGAAGAGGUUUCCUUGAUAAGUGUAUCGGCUGGCAAAUUGGAUACUCCCAAAAAAAGAUUAGCCACCCUUUCAGACAGUAGUGCUCCAGAUUUGGAGGAUUCUGAUUGUAAUAAGGAAUCAGACGAUAUUGAGCACGGCUCUCCUUGUACUGCGGGUGGAUUACACAUGCCCAACUCGAAAUCGAUUAAUAAUUUCAAAAAAAGAAUUAGAAGAUUCAGGAAACAUAGUCAAUGCACUGAGCAAGAGCUGCGAGAAACUUCAACUGGCAGUAGUCCCGGGAACGGCGUCGCUUUUACAAGUAACUCUGUGCGUCGUGCCAAUUCGUAUCCUGACGUCAAAAAAAGUCCGCAUGUGCCCUCUAAACCGUUCUACGAGACUGAUGAGGAAACGGUGUCUGAAGACCAAGUGUCAAAUAUUUCCAAUGGGGUGGACGCAAAAAGUAAAAACUCCAAAUCCUCUACACAGACUCAAACUGACGUUUUUUGGCCCAUGCCUUACGAACAUUUGUUUUUAAAUAUUUUCCCGUCUCUCAAGGAGGAUUCGAUAGAAAUUAAGGCCAGUCCUGCACCCAGUCCCGCACCCGUUUUUAAUCAGAUGAUCGAGCCUUGUAAACCUUCGCUUUAUGAUAUUUUGGAUAAGUACAUUGAAAAAUGCGUAGCAACGUCCGAUAGUAAUUCUCUAAGAGAUCAGCUACAAUUAGUGCACCAGCAGCUUUAUUUCGAAAGACAUCGCAGAGAAACGCACGCCUACAGAAACAGAACUUUGUUGUCUGACGCCAAAAGCACUAGACUGUUGGAGGAAUGUAACUCGGCCUUGAGGGACCAAGUCCAAUUGAAACAGCGCGAAAUUGAAGAUUCGAGAAAGCAACUGGAAGAUUACAGAAACGAAAUUUUGAACAGUCAAGGAAGACUGGAAAGUACUGUACAGUACUUGCAACAUAAGUGUCAGAUAUUAUCAGAUGAAAACGGCUCUUUACAAGAAGCCAACAGUAAACUAGACUCAGAAGUGACAGAGUACAAACACAAAUGUAACUCUAUCGACAAGGACAGGCAGCAGGCUGAGGCGGCCUUAUUGGACGCCUUGGCCGAAGGUAAAGUGGCCAAAGAGCAAGCUUUGGUCGGUGAAAAAGUGAAGCUGGAAUUGCAGAGGGUCAACAGGCAGAUUUUGCUUAUGGGCGAAAUGCACGUGCAGUAUAGGGAACGUUUGGAAAAAUUGCCUUCGACCAGGCAAUGCGACGAGGAGAUGAGACAAAUAUCUGAAGCUUACAGAGAAGAAUUGAAUGCCUUACAAUAUUCCUUGGAAGCAAAAACGGUCACAAUCGAAGCAUACAAAAGCCGCAUCUUGGAACUAGAACAAACAAUUUCAAACAAAGACGACAUCAUUAGCGCUCAAAAGCGCACUCUAGCUUCGGCCAACGAAGCUCGCGAAGCUCUUUUAGAAGCCGUUGAAAGCAAAUACCAAACGCAGCUGGCCAUCAAUCGGACUUUAGAGGAACGGAUGCUGGAGUUGCGCCACAAACUCGAAGUGGAGGCGGCGCGUAGACGCACCCACUCACCUGAUACUUCUAGUUGUCAUGAAGUGCAAGCCUCGACGUCAACAGCUACGACUGCCGCUGCAGGGUUGAGUCCUCAACAUUCUUCGCCUUUAUCCACUUCUUUGGCUUCGUCUGAAGGGAGUGCUGCUAUGCAGGAACUUAGGAAUUUACAGAUGUUUGUGGACCAAGAAGGUAGUUCAAACGAGGCAACGGGCCUUGGCAAAAACGACUGAUUUUUUACCCCCCUCUCCCAAUUUCUAUUUACUCUUAAUACAGAAUGCAUAUAAUUUUUAUUAGCGUUGAAAGAAAAAAUAUAUGGACGAUCGAAGAUGGCAAGACAAAGAAUCACAUGGAAACUGUAUAGAAUUGAUGGCAAAAUUAAGUCGAUAUGGGAUGUUUUUGCAAACUUUACCAUUACUUCAAAUUCAUGCUUUUAGUUGAAAUAGGACUUAAAUUAUGGUUGAAUACAAUGUUUUGCCUACAGAAACCAUAUUAAUUUAAUGUGUCUUUCUCUAGCUACUUGCGUAUUUUUUGGUCCAAAUAAACUGUUUAUAGGUUGAAGUGAUAUGCCCUUUUUGUUUCCUAUAGAUAUUGUUUUGAUUUAUUUGUU